UUUUGCACCUACCUAGCUGUGUUGAUGUGUGCGCUCGCCCGUUGCUCGUAUGCCUAAAAAGAGCUGCCGAGCCAAGUCAAAGUGUGUAUCCUGAAGCGUGUGUACGGUACUGUUAUUUAAAUCUAAUAAAGAAUUGAUAUUUAUUCCGUCUUGGGACCUACAGACACAAAAAAUAAUCUCCGAAACAUUUUGUCUGCUCAUUCAAAUCUCAUAUACGAGAUGUCUAAUCCAGCCAGCCCCCAGCCUGCUAUGGAUGGCGAACCAGAGUAUUUGGAUGCCUCUGCUCCUUCAGUAUCGGCCAAUGGCUCUGCUGAGUCUGCUGGAUCUGAAAAUUCUUCCUUGGGAUCUCAUAAGUCAAGACGAGAUCAAUUUGAACAUGACAAAGCCAAUAUGAAUGCAGCCUCUUCCGUGAAUGGUUCAGCUGCAAAACCUGUUUGUGUUGGCCCUCCUAGUGGUCCUUGCAGCCCUACUGAGUCUAAUGCUGAACCUAAAAGCUCUGCUGCCAAUUCCAACCGGGAUUCAGUUAGCCCAGCCUGUUCAAGGAGUGGUUCCAGAAGUCGUACUGGAUCUGAAAUUGUUUCUAAGAGCCCAGAACAUCAUGCAAGGAGUCCAGUUCAUUCUAGAAGUAGAUCUCCUGCUCAGUCCCAGUCUUCAACAAGUCCUGAUACCUCUAGGAGAUUCAGAAGCCCAGCUGCCGCUUCUUCUCCGUCUGCCCAGCCCAAAUCUAGAAGUGCAUCUGCGAGUCCUAAUGCGAGAAUUCGAUCAAGAAGUCAGUCUGGAAGUCCUCAUGCUAGACAUCAGUCUGGAAGUCCUCAAUCUAGACGUCAGUCUGGAAGUCCUCAUUCCAGACGUCAGUCUGGAAGUCCUCAUUCUAGACGUCACCCUCGUUCUAGGAGCCGAUCAGGAAGCCCUCGUUCUAGGAGCCGAUCAGGAAGCCCUCGUUCUAGAAGCCGAUCAGGAAGCCCUCGUUCUAGAAGUCAAUCAGGAAGUCCACGCCCUAGAAGCCGAUCAGGAAGUCUUCGUUCUAGGAGCCGAUCAGGAAGCCCUCAUUCCAGGAGCCGAUCAGGAAGUCCUCGUUCCAGGAGCCGAUCAGGAAGUCCUCGUUCUAGAAGUCGAUCAGGAAGCCCCCAAAGUCGGCAAUCAAGCAGCCGUUCAAGGAGACCUAGUUCAAGAAAGAGGUCCAGAGGUCCGUCUUCUAGUCGAUCAAGGAGCAGGAGUGGUUCUCCAGGAUCGUCUCGUAAUAAGCGUAGGAAUCAAGUUCUUUCAGACUCUGACUCAGGUGAUGAAAGCAGACCAUCAAAGAAACCGAAUGCAUCCAAAAGUCGAAAACGCUCUAGGAGUGGUAGCAGAUCUGGCUCUGAUGAGGGCUUUCCUGGACCCAAGCGACCACAUGCCAUCAGCAAUUCAGAUGAAGAGGUUGAAGAGGCUCCUCAGAAUGAGUCUGAGAAUGGCCAUGCCAUUAAUGUUCAGACGGAAGAAGCCACAAAAGCAGCUGACUCCAGUGAUGAUGAGGGUGUUCGUGACAGCAAUGAUCAAGCUGAAUUUGUUAAUGAUUUUGAUGCUAUGAUGGCACGUAAGAAAGAAUUGAUGGGUGGCCGACGUCGUAAAAUGAAUGUUGAUAUUAUCAAUGAUAAUGAGGAGCUUAUCAGCGUUCUGGUUUCCAAAAUGCGCAUUGCUGCGGAUCAGGACCGACAAUUGAACUUGCAACACAAACCAGCGACUAAUAAAAUGGCUCUUCUAGAUUUGGCCAUGAGACAAAUUAGUAAAACAGAUCUCAUAGAAGGAUUCUUGGACGCUAACGUUUUGACUGCUCUAACAGACUGGCUUGCACCCAUGCCUGACCACUCAUUACCUUCAGCACCAAUUAGGCACAGUAUCAUCAAGUGGCUCUCCAAUUUGCCACCUCUGUCCCAAGAGAUGCUCAAAACUUCAGGUAUUGGAAAGGCCAUCAUGUACUUAUUUAGGCACCCAAGAGAGUCACGUAUCAACAGAGAACGCUGUGGACGACUUAUUAGUAAGUGGGCUCGACCUAUUUUCAACAAUUCUGAUGACUUCAAAUCUCUGACGAAAGAAGAACGCCUUGAACGAGAUCUCGAAAUGAAAGAGACUGGGCGACUUCUGUCUCGGAAGCAGGAGCCUGUGCUUGAUGAAAAUAAUAGCAAAAUUUUGCGCCCUGGGGACCCUGGUUGGUGCUACCGCGCGCGGGUGCCUCAAGCCUCAGGCAGCGAUUACGUAGUCAGACCAAAAUCCACUGUUGAAGGUGAAGUGCGUAAGAAUGUCAAGGCCAAGAAGAGUCGCUUAGAUAAACAGCGGCUUCUCUUCCAGCAGAAGAAAAGUCUCGGUAAAGUGAAGCGUGCUGUCGCCAUGAGCAUGGAAGGGAGAAAUAUGCCGUUAUAAUUCGUUGCAUAGCUAUUCUUAUCACGCUACAAUAAUAUCAAUGGCGGGGAAGAUUAGAUUUGUUUGUCAUUUUCUUUGGCCAUUAAUCUUGUACAUUAUAUGUUGAAAAGGAAAACGUGUUAUCUUUAUAAUGUCAGCUUCUCACGAUCGUGAUUGUUUAUUUAUAUUUCUGCUCUACCUAUUCUUCAGAUUCUCGUCUACUCAUGAAAUUUUACAAGAACCGUCGACUCGAGUUAUACAACCUCUUAUUAGUUUUUGAAAACCCUCCUUAUCGGCCUACUGAUAAGGUUAUUAUAAUAAAUAUAUGUUCAUGAAUAUUUGUAUCCAGAUCAGUCGAAAUAUCAAUCAAUCAAAUAGACGAUGCAACAUACCGCUUAUAGUCAAUGAUUCCUGUGUGCGCAUUAGAGGCUCUUGUCCCUGUUUAUCCAUCGAUUUCAUCCCUUUGAUUUUUGCAUUGAUACUUUUUUGUGCUUGCUUUUUGUUUGGCAGAUCUUGUGAGGAUUGCUAUUGCAUUUCCGAUUUGGAUCUUUAUUUGCAGAUCUUACUUUCUUCUUGUUCCCCAUCUUUUCGAGAUAAUUUUGGUGCAGACUUCUCUAAGUCGGUCUAUAACUGACCUGUCGGCGCAUACUCUAUGUUGCACUAUCUUAACGUGUCCGUAUUAUGAACAACGUGUUACUAAGGUUGAAAAUUCAAACGAUGUAUCUUUGCUUCGGUACAAGUAAUAACUGCUUCUUGAAUUUCAGCCAAAAAAACUCUCGUAUAUUCCUCUGUAUACCGUGACUGAAUUUGAACGCACCAGAUGAUGAUUAAGAUAUCUUAGGUUGUCUAAAUCAACCGGAUUGUCGGAUAGGCUUAGCUGUUGAAUUUUAUUGAUUGCCUCUCGUCAAGUCAUGUCCUACCUAGGUAGUUUUUUCGUUGCAUUCAGGUUCAUCAUUUCAGUAGUUUCGGUGUAGUUCAUUAUUGUAAAUAGUGAUUGCGUGCGACGAAGGCUUCAUUUUUCCCUCUUGUCAAGGUGGCAGAUUGUUAAUUCUAAGUUUUGUAUUAUAUUAACGUUUUUUCGUGGAAUACCAGUGGAGGUUAUUC